AUUGAGGCCAAGCGGGAGAGGAACUUCAAGAAGUACGAGGUGAUGCUGCUGGAGAGGGCACGCAAGGAGGGGCUCUCGUCCGUCGAGGAGCUAAGGGCCAGGCAGGAGGAGCGGCGCAGGGCUGCCGACGCGGCUGCUUCAGCGUCGGCCGAUGCGGCCAGGCCGACGCCCAUGUCGGGCUUGACGGAGCAGGAUGCCAAGAUCGCUGCGGAGAUUCGAGCGCGAGUCGAAGCGGAGGCCAAACGGAAGCUCGAGACGGGUCAGUUUGGGAGCGGGCCAGGGGUCAAGACGCUGGCAGACAUCAUCGACGUGGAGAAGAUGGCGUCGGACCCGCCUUCGAAGAUCACCGAGCUCUGGACGGGCUACCACACGCUCAAAAACAAGCUCAGCGCAGUCAUUCCGGCCACGACGUAUGCGCGUAUGAUUGAAAAGGCUCGCGCCUAUCCCCAAUUCAUUCUUCCGCUCCCACGGACAAUCAUUGGCAGCCUUGACAACCAAGAGGAAACGGCAAACGUGGCUCCGGGCGAAGCAAAGCAGGGCUACGAGAUGCAGUACCUCGAGUGGGGCUUCCUCCCUCCGCCUCCGCCCAACAAGGCUACCGAGCAGGCCGAGCUGUCAGCAGACGAGCUCGAGUCCAUUGCGAAGGCGCCCCCUUCGACCGUUCUCUUCACGCCCCUGGCCGAGUACAAGCUCCGCCAGGAAUACGCGCAGCCGGUGCUUGUGCUGACGCACUACACGGACCUGGCUGCCUCCAAGGGCAUUGUCCUGAUGCGGGGUGAGGUGACUGGCCAGGAAGAGGCCCAGGCUGCCCCCACGGGCGGAAAGAUGACGCAGCAGGAUGCCCAGCUGCUCACUGUCACGCUCCAGCGCUUCUUCAUGGAGAACAAGGAAGCGCCGAUCCCUGGUGCAGAGGAGCGGCAGGCCCUCCUCGACGCCUUCCAUCGGGACCAGGAGAAAUUUGACAUUGACAAGUUGUGUACCGUCAGCUUU